GUCAAAAGGCGAGAAGUGACGGUUUUAGUGUAAGAGAAAGACGCAAAAUGUGGAUUCAACAAUAUUGAGACAAAAAUAGUUAUUAAGUUUCUGAUGAGGGAGGAAACACAUACAUUUCACCGUUUCUCACAAGCAGAGAGAGAGAGAAAAUUAAACAAAAUGGCACAAGCACAACCCGAAGAUAAGAUCCAUGAAAAUCAAGAAAAAGAACCUCAACAAGAAACAAGUAAUUCCAGUUUCAAAUUCAAUGUUCAAGCGCCUGAAUUUGUUCCAAGGUCGCAGCAUGCACACGUGCCAAUUUCUGGUUAUUUUUAUCCAUGCUUCCAGAUUCUUGGUGGCUCUGGUGAAUCUGAUUGGUUCUACGUUGGGGAUCAAGACCCUACAUGUUUGAUCCCCAAUGCCAAUGUUCCUCUCCCCAAUUGCUCCAAUAAGAAUCUCCUCAACCCUGAUCUCCAACAAAAGAUCGUCAAACAGGUGGAGUAUCAAUUCAGUGACCUUAGCUUGAUAGCAAAUGAAUCUUUCCAGAAACAGAUGAAUAAGGAUCCUGAAGGUUAUGUUCCAAUUACUGUGAUUGCUUCUACCAAAAAGAUCAAGGCACUUGUUACUAACAUCCACCUUCUUACACAAGCUAUUCGCCAUUCUUCUAAACUUGUUUUGAGUGUUGAUGCUAAGAAGGUUAAACGCAAACAUCCUUUCACUGAAAAGGAGAAAGACGAAUUACAGUCUCGUACUGUUGUGGCAGAGAAUUUACCUGAUGAUCAUUCUCAUCAAAAUCUUCAGAAAAUAUUUACUGUAGUUGGGAGUGUGAAAACGAUACGAAUAUGUCAUCCCCAAGAACCAAAUUCUUCACGCCCAAAAGGCGAUUUCCUCAUCUGUAACAAGCUACAUGCACUUGUGGAAUAUGAGUCAUCGGAUGUAGCUGACAAAGCUGUUGAGAAGUUAAAUGAUGAAAGGAAUUGGAGGAAAGGGAUGCGAGUAAGAUUGCUGCUUAGAUGCUCGCCAAAAUCUGUUUUGAAGAAUAGAAAAUCAGAAUUUGAUGGCUAUCUAGAUGAAGAUGAGAAUUUACAUUCUGAAACUGCCGAAGAUUCUUCUCAUCCAAACAACACUGAAUUAUGUGUUGACAAUAAUGGUGAUGAAACUUCAGUAGGAUCAAAGAAAGGGUGGGCUAGAGGGCGUGGAAAGGGAAGAGGACGCCCUCAAAACCACACUGGACGAGGCUUGCUUGCGCCGCCAUCUCCAUCAAGCAGCCUCGUCCUGAGUGAAGUAUCAACUAAACCCAACGCCAAGGGCCCUAGAAUGCCGGAUGGUACAAGAGGUUUCGCCAUGGGACGAGGCAAGCCAAUUAGUUCUCCCACUUCACCUCAGGAGUAAUGGGUAUUGUACUUGCCAAAAUUUUCCCCUAUAGUGAAAUUUAGGAGUUUUUGUUUUGUUUUUCUUAACAAAGCUGCAAACUUUUUUUUAGAUGUUACCAAUUUAGUAAUAAUUCAAGGUGUAUAGUGUUGUAUGUUAGAUGACAACGACUACAAUUAUCCUAUAGCAUGUUGCCUUAGCAUGCAACUUAAUUAGAGUGAUGUCAUUUUUUAUGUCAGAAAUUAGUACUUAUUAUUCUCGUACACUAAAAUGUUAUGAGUUUGAAUAAGAGAUUUA